AAAUGAAACUACGAAAGCACAAUAACAACAACAAGAUGGCGGCUGUAGACAAGCUCCCUUACGAAGUGCCAACAUUCAAUAACUGGUCUCAACUGGCAAGGUUUUAUCAUCCACUACAAGCUGGAAGUAUUGAUGGUACCGAUUUGUAYCCUCACGACAAAGCAAUAUGGAGGGCCAUGCACGCAAAAUAUAAACCAAACAAGAAAAUCACAGGGAACCCAAAAUGCACCUUGUUUGUUGGAAGAUUAAAUAAAGAUACUCUAGAAGCUACUGUAGAGAAAAAGUUUGUGAAAUAUGGAGACAUCAAGAAGUGCAGAUUGAUCAGAGAUAUUGUUACUGGCUUUUCAAAAGGCUAUGCAUUUAUUGAGUAUGAGAAUGAAAGAGAUGCCAAAAUAGCAUAUCGUGAGAUGCAUAAAGCSGACAUUGAUGGUAGAGASAUCCUAGUUGAGUAUGAACUUGAAAGAAAUCUUGAAGGUUGGAUACCCAGAAGAUUAGGUGGAGGUUUUGGAGGUCAGAAAGAGUCUGGUCAGUUGCGGUUUGGAGGCAGAGAUAGAGGAUUUAAGAGGCCGUUACCAGUGCAAGCGUUGGGACAAGGAAACAGAUUUUCAGAAAACACAGAAAGAACAGAUAAUAAUAGAGAUAACAGGGAACGUAGCUGGGGGCGUGACCGUGAUCGCGGACAAUAUCGAGAUAGAUAUCGAGAUCGCGAUCGCGAUUCCGGGCGCGAUCGUAAUCGCAAUCGUGAAAAACAUCGCGAACGAGAUCGUGAUCGUGAUCGCAGUCGCCAUCGUGAYCGGGACACAAACGAUGAUCGUCUUAGAAAUGACAGUCCACGCCAAGACCGAUAUCUCGACGAAGGCAGCAACCGAAGCACCGACGAUAAUCCGAGGGGAUCCGACAAAGAACGACAUAAAGAUCGCCACAGAGAAAGAUCGCGAUGGAAUGAUGACUAUAAAAGUAAAGACAGAGAACGACGUCAAAAGAAAUGACAACUUCGUUCAACUUCGGACAAGGAAAUAUUCCAAAGAUUGGAUGUUAUAUAAGUGAUAUUUAUUUUUUGAAACUUAAUAAAUUUUGAAUUAUCAUUGA